AUGGACCACAAGCCCCUGCUGCAGGAGCGGCCCCCCGCCUACAACCUGGAGGCCGGCCCGGGCGACUACGCGUGCGGCCCGCACGGCUACGGGGCCAUUCCCGCCGCGCCGCCGCCCUACCCCUACCUCGUCGCAGGGCUGCCCACCCACCACCCCAGGGUCUACAGCAUCCACAGUCGAGAUGUCACCCGGUACCCUGCCAACUCGAUCGUGGUUGUCGGCGGCUGUCCAGUCUGCAGAGUCGGGGUCUUGGAGGACACGUUCACCUUCCUGGGCAUCUUCUUGGCCAUCAUCUUGUUUCCCUUCGGGUUCAUCUGCUGCUUCGCCUUGAGAAAGCGGAGGUGUCCCAACUGUGGAGCAACCUUUUCCUAA